AUGUCAGCUGCCCAGGACGAAGUGAACCGCCUUCUGAACAGUCAAGAGGAUCGAGCCACCUGCCAUCCCGAAGACCGCCUCAAGACCGAAGAUCUCCAUUCCUCCCCCUCAGAAGACGAAGAGGAAGAGGUAUCACGACGCGAAAAGAGAACUUCCAGACUAAAGUACAUCCCUUCCGACUCCGACGCUGACGACAGCGAUUACAACAUGAUCACCUCGCAGCCAGCCGCUUAUCAUGUCCCCAGAACAUGGUUCGACGCGAACACCGGUCCUAAGGGUGUCAUUGCCGACGCGCAAUCUUAUGAGCGCGCAAAGAAGAGAUCAUUCCGUCGUACUUUGAUGAGCGCCGCCGGCAUCGAUUACCAGCCGUCCUACAACAAACCAGAAGCUAUUCACCAGGAAAAAGCGAGUCCAUCGGCCCCUCAGACCCCCGAGGAAAGCGACGAUGAAAGGUUCAUGCGAGAGUGGCGGGAGGCGCGCAUGCGCGAACUUCAAAAUAAGAACAUGAGACGUUCGAGUCCGAGCAAGAGAAGAUACGGAUCUGUCGAGGUUGUCGGCGCAAAUGGAUACCUUGAUGCCGUGGAGAGAGUCACGGCAGACACCGUUGUCGUAGUCUGCAUAUAUGAUCCUGAGUUGUCCGAAAGUUCUAUCGUUGAGGAUUGUCUAAACACAGUCGCACGCAAACAUGCUACGACACGGUUCGUUAAACUACACCACGAAAUUGCGGAAAUGGACCACAUCGAAGCUCCUGCUCUGCUUGCUUACCGUGGUGGCGAUGUCUUUGCGACCAUAGUGGAUAUUUUCCGGCAGCUUCCUGACGGGCGCGAUUGCAGCUCGUCUAGCCUCGAAGCUCUUCUGAUGCAGUAUGUCUUCCGGUCAAAUCCUCGCGGGCUAUGGGAAACAAGGAACACUAACUCUCUAUAG